CCGUUACACCCACUGUUCCAGGUGCCAGGCUGCGACAGCCGUCCUUCUAAAGGUGGUGAGACUGUCAAUGAAAGAAGCUGACGUGUUGCUAGAGCGGCAUCCUGAUGUAAGAAUCAUCCACCUCAUCAGGGACCCCAGAGGGACCAUGUUAUCUCGUGCACAUUUUACUGACAAAGAGACAGGGGAGAUGCAUAAAAAUUACACAAGUGUUUGCCGUCGGCUCUUAGAUGACAUACAGACGUCAAAAGCAAUUGCACAGAAACAUGCAGGUCGAAUUCUAACAGUCCGUUACGAAGACUUAGCUCAGUUUCCAGUGGCUGUGACACAAAAGUUAUACAGCUUCUCUGAGCUGAAAUACACGCCGGAAGUGGAGAAGUACGUCAAAAAAAUUACUAGCAAGGAACAGCUGAACGACGAGGGCAAACCAUCACGCAAAUCAACGUCUAGGAAAGAUCCUUAUAGGACGGCAUACAACUGGAGAAAGGAGAUGUCCUUUCAGUUGAUCAAGAAGAUAGACCGGGCCUGCGAGGGUGUGUACGAAGCCAUGGGUUACCGCACUUUCUCAGAUGAAGACGAACUCAGAGAUAUGACAGUGUCUGCCAAAAUAGACGACUUUCGAGAUCACAGAAUUCUCCUUCGGCUCCUCUCGUAACAUCUCCAACCCCUCUCCCUCUCCCAUCCCUCCAAAUAAAUAUAAACCGACUGUGAAAGUAAUUUAACUACAUUUAUAUUAUGCAUGUUGUUUCUUUUAUCCAAGGGGUCCUCUCCACUACAGUCGGCCAUCGGGUGAAGGGGAAUUCGUGUACAUAGAAGAAUGGCUACUGUUUGUAAAGUAGGCAUUAGGCAUUGACACAGACUUAUAUCACAGCAAUAAGACUAAUAAGAGGUUCAGCCCCCCCCCCUCCCCCGGUGGGAGAAUGGUGGCGCAUAUGAGCGUUUGUUCUCGGGUAUAAAUUGAUAAAUUGGGGGACAUUUUACUUUGGUAUCCGUCUUUUAGCCUUCUGUCAGCUUCAUUUUUCUUUCGUCUACUCUUGUUGCCUGGCGACGUUCUUAAUCUUCGAAAUUACAUCAGAAUAUUGUGUGCUUGGGCUAAGGUGACAAACUCAAAAUUGAAUUUAAUACGCAGAUCUAGCGGUAAGGCGAAAAUUGAAUAAGGCCAAAGUUGUUUUUUAUCUAAAUUAGUUUUUUCUCAAAAGCUUGUAGGAAAUUAUAUGAACGUGGUCUCCCAUAAAAAACACGUGCUGUUGAAAAUUCGCGCAGAAAAACAACAGGCCUUCUAAAGGAAUAUAGUUUCUGAAGUUUAUGAAUUAUACCGGUGCUAUAGAAACUAUUUUGCUUCAGAUUGUACUCCCAACAGUAAAAGCAAAAUGUUGAGAACUUUUCUGCCAUUAUUGUCAUUAUAUAUUGUUUUGUCAAGAGGGUCUAAGUGCCUAUUCACUUUUUUAUUUAUUGUAGUAUAGUUGUGCCUGAACCCCCCCCCCCCCCCAACCUAAAAAAAAAAGAAGAAAAAAAGAAAAAAAAGAAAAAGAUCAAGUGUCUUUCAAAGUUUUGCAUCAUUUACUCAGCCAAAAGCCUUCUCCUGGUCUAUAAAGACGAUGUUAUGUUCUUUGCUGUGUUCGAUUGUUUUCUUGCAUCCGUGCAUCCUCUUCCCUUUCGGAAUCCAAACUGAGCGUUCCUAUAGAUGUAUAUCUACUUUGAUUCUUCUUGAAUUUUUGUUCAUGUCGAUUGGGAAACAAUAAAAUAUAUUGUAUAUGAAUGAAUAAA